AUGGAAAGCUUAUUUUCAUUGUCUGUACAACCUGCAAGAAAGAACUUGUUCAGAGAUGAUGAAGGGCGACUUGUAUUUCUGAAUUACGUUGUCAGGUGUCCUUGCAUUUCUCUCUUCCUCGCGAUCAUGAUUGCCCUUGCCGUGUCUAUCAUCCCUCUUGCUGCUUUCAGCGAGAAUCCAUUCACUGACGAUCAAGCACAAUAUGUGUUGAAUGACGUCAGAUCGAUCAAGUAUGAUACAUUGCGACUCGCAUCAGAAGCAGUUUCAGCGGAUAGAAGCAAAGUCAUGGUUGAAGUUGAGAAGACGCCUCUAAAGACCCAAUCUGAGUCAGUCGGCAUCUUCUACUGGAUAUAUGAAGCCAAGACAGAUCAAGGCAUCUUCACAAGAGAUGCAAUGAUGGACAUCCACAAGGCAGAGACAGAGAUCAUGAAAGAUCCCCGUUACAAAGAUUACUGCUUGAGAAGUUACGGUAACGCCACGAUGUAUGAGCAGACAGAAUGUGCACGUCCCUUGUCGGCGACUCUCAUUUUCUUUGCGGAAGAAUGGGAUUCAGCGCUUGUGAAAUCCGUCACUGACCGUCUCAAACAACCAGGACUGGCCGAGUUGUACAAGAAGCUUGCUCCAUGCCUUGAGUUCUACAGUAACUGUGAGACGGCUCGCAAAGGUGUGUCAGUAGCGGACUAUGCGGAGGCACAGAAACUCUCUGACGACAUCACGGGCAUCAUGAAAUGGUGGAAUGGGAAGAACACGGAAGUGGCUGGAGAUGCAAAAGAGAUUGCACAGUUCUGUGCUCUUCUACGACAGUUUCCUACGAGACUACCUUACAUCGACUUCUACUUUGAUGGAGGCUUUACUUCAGAGAAUCCGAUCAGCAUGUACUCACGCUCCUUGUACCAAUGGGGGGGACCACUGAAGGGCUACACGCUCGUGGACGGAGAGCAAAAAGACAAACAGGAUCAAGAGUUGAAGAAAUGGAUCGUAGACAAUCAUCUCAACGAAAUCAACAAGGCAGCAAGCUCGAGCUACAGUAAUCAUGUAAAUUUGUUCUACUUCAUGUCCGCAUUGAUCUUCGAUGUCUUCACACGGAUCCUUGCCGCCGACGCAAUGAACGCCUUGAUGAGCCUCCUCAUGGUCUUUUUCUACGUCUGGUACAUGACCGGCUCGGGCUUCCUCGCAAUGAUCGGCAUGAUCGAGAUCAUCCUCAGCCUCCCGACCGCCUGGUUCUUUGUGCGAUUCAUCUUCCAAAUCAAAUAUUUCGGCGGGCUGAACAUGCUGUGCAUCUUCAUUGUGUGCGCGAUCGGAGCCGACGACAUCUUCGUGUUCAUGGACGCGUACAACCAGUCCAAGGUCAAGGGGAAGCAUGUCAACAAGGACUUGGCCACGAGGAUGAGCUGGGUCUACAGGAAGUCAGGACUCUCCAUGUUCCUCACCUCUGCUACGACUUGCGCUGCAUUCCUCUGUUGCCUCUCCUCCCCCAUCGCCGGCACUCAAAGUUUUGGCAUUUUUGCGGCUCUUGUCAUCCUUGCUGAUUAUCUCUAUGUGAUGAGCAUAUUUUGUACGGCUGUAGUCGUCUAUCACGAUUAUUUCGAAAAGCCGCCGUUGUGCCGGUUGGCAGGAUGUUGUGGAUGCUGCGUGAAAGAUUGUUCAAGAAUCAGACCACGCUCGACCGAACUUGCUCUUCAAAACAGCCACGAGGACGGGAGAGAAUCUGAAGCAGAGGACAAGAUCACUGUCUUCUUCUCCACUACCUUCUCCAACUUCAUCUUGGACUACAGGUCGAGGAUAGGGAUUGCCAUUGUCCUCAUCGGAUGGUUGAUCCCUGCGCUUAUCUACACGACCAAGUUGAAGCCCACGACCAGGACUGAGCAGUUCUUGAAGGACAGUCAUCCCCUGCAGCGUUCACUCUCCAUUCUCGCCGACCAGUUUCCCACCUCCUCGCAAGACCGCGGGCUUGACGUGUUCUACGUGUGGGGCCUGGAGGACCUCAGCAGGAAGGGAGUGAACCAGCUGUUGGAUGACAAGUUCCUCGGAGAGGCAACGUUCAAUUCCUCCUGGAAAUUUUCUCCUGCAUGCCAGCAGAAGAUCUUCGAAGUCUGCCUUCACAUCUACAGUUCGCAAGACCUGAACGAGCUGAUCAAGCUCAAAGACGAUGCGACUCUGUCACAUCGCUGCUUCCUCUCUGAGUGGAAGGAGGCAGUGGACAAGGAGAGCUGGGGAAACUCACAGGGAUGGGUUGACACCGAGCAGGUGGACAAAAAGAUGCAGCAGUUCUUGUCAAUGUCGACGAGGCAGUCAACCAGCAACCAGCUCAUGCUGGACUACUACAACGAGCUGGGAGCUGACCAGAUUGGCUUUGAUGGGAGGCAGCUGAGGUUUAUAGCCAUCUCUGUGGAGGCUAAACAUCUCGACCAAUGGAGCAAUCCGUCAGAGAGCUUCACUCGCUCCUACUACGACCAAUUCAGCCGGCUCGGCGACGAGUUCAACAAGAUAGCCGAGGCAGAGUGCGGGGAGGUGACGAUGACGGAUAUGGACAAGAGGUUCAUCUUGAUGAACAACCAGAAGAUCUAUCGCACCUCGGCCAUCCAAGGAGCGGGUAUCGGGAUUGCAAUAGCCUUUGGCGUGCUUCUUCUGGCCACGCGGUCCCUUCUCAUCUCCUUCUUUUCCUCUCUGUCCAUCCUCGCGACCAUGCUCUCCGUGAUCGGCCUUACGACGAUGAUGGGAUGGGAGCUCGGGACCAUCGAGGCGAUCUUGUUCUCCAUCCUUGCAGGCUUCAGCGUGGACUACGUCGUUCACUUGGCGCACUCAUACGCAACAUGCUGCGGAACGAGAGAAGAACGACUCCGCAAAGCCUUUACAGAGAUGGGAUCUCCUGUCUUCAGCGGCAUGGUCACGUCAGUCAUGGCUUCUAUCCCUUUGUUCCAAUGCCAAGUCGUUUUCUUCUCUGUGUUUGGCACCUUCUUGUGCUUCACUAUCCUUUUCUCGUGGAUAUUCGCCAACUUUGGCUUCAUGUGA